GGCAACGAUUUAAAUGACAAAUUGAAACCUUCUUCUUCGACGGGCGAAUUUCUUUUUGGAACAAAUUGGGUGAAUUGGAUACCAGAUAGAGCUUGACUUUUUGCAAACGGAAUAACCUGGGGACUUGAAUUUUAUUACUUAUUGCGAAGGAAAUUGAUUUGAUAUUGAGCUGGCCCGAAACAAACUGGAAUAUAUAACGUAAUUGUAUUAGCAAAUUCUGUUCACUUCCCCCGAUGGCAGGCAUGGACAAUUAUUCAACAUUAAUGUACGGCAGUAAUAAAAAACCAAUGGAACCCGGUGAAGAUAUGACUGACCAAAGGCCAGAGCGUCCACGUAAUGUCUAUGGUCCAUAUGCGGGAGAUUUUGCUUCAGCAAGCAGCGGUAUGCCAUAUCCAAGACAAUCUCAAAUGCAAUUUCAAUUAAAUGACGACCAAUAUCAAAUUUACAUGGCCAGCAUGAAUUCUGGACCUGACUCGGGACUGAAAAAUGUCAAUUCUGAAAGGGACUUGUCCUUGCCAAUUGAAAAACAUCAUGCCUUGGAAAAUUUCUAUGACAGCCAAGAAGAUGAGUAUCCUGAGCAGCACACUGUAACGAAUUUGUUAAGUUUUGACGAUACGAAAAAAAUAUCAAUACGUAAAUAUUUGGGAAUUGGUGUUCAAUGGGUUAGCUUGGUUACCGAAAACCUGCUCUCACAUCCUUUUAUUGUACUGAGACGGCAGUGUCAAGUAUACAAUGCCUCACAAAGAUACCAUCUGCAUCCUUUUGCAUUAAUGCCUUCCAUAAUACAUUUACACAGACGCCAGGGGGUGACAACCUUAUGGAAAGGCCUGGGAAGUUGCCUAUUGGUACGAGGCAUGUCCCUGGCAAUGGAUGAUGUUAUUUCCAAAGUUACUUCAUGGCCUAAAGAGGUAGAUAGCCGUACUUCCUUAAAACGUUUUGGCCAACAUGUUAUACUGAAAUGCAUUAGCAUUGCUGUUGUAAUGCCUUUCUAUGCAGCCUCAUUGGUGGAGAGUGUCCAAAGUGAUAUAGCUAGUGAAAAGCCUGGUCUCUUCGAUGUCUUUCGUGAGGGUAGUCUGCGUUUGUUGUAUUGGAAAUCACCGCAAAAGGGUCGCAUGCUACCCGUGUGGUGUCUAAUUGGUCCCACAGUGGGCGUUGGCAUAACAAAAUACUUGUUUGGUUUGGUCAUUAAAGGCAUUUCAUCACGCAUCAUGCGUCGACGCAUUCAACAGGCCCAAGAACGUAAGGGAGCUAAAUUUAAAGAUGACUCACUCGAAACACAAAAUGUUGAAAUCUACUCGAAUCUUAUAUCGAUGCUGACAACAGAGGUUAUAUUUUUCCCAUUGGAAACAAUUUUACAUCGCAUUCAGCUGCAGGGUACACGUACCAUCAUUGAUAAUCUCGAUAAUGGCUAUGCCGUGGUACCCAUCCUAACCAACUAUCAGGGAGCCAUCGAUUGCUAUCGCACCACAGUGGCAACGGAGGGCUUUUCUGGACUGUAUAAAGGUUUCGGUGCCAUUGUAUUACAAUUCGCAGCCCACAUUGCUGUCAUCAAACUAACCAAAUGGGUUGUUAAUCAAAUAACGGAAGUUAUAUCCAGUCGUCCUCCACAAAAAGUUGUACAAUAUUAUAAUUUAGAUCGUGGCAUGAAUUCGAAUUCAACAACGAUAUCGCGUAGCCUAAGUUCCGGUAGUGAUAUGGAUGAGAAUAGUGUGGGAAAUCGUUCGAUUGACUAAAUUCGAUAGUGGUUUUAUUAGCAAUGCGAAAAAACUCUUCUGUAUAUUUAAUGGCUAUAUAUUUUAGUUUCUCGCUCAACUGGAAUACGGGCGUGGGAACAUGCAUGUUUUUGUUUUGUUAUUCUCUCUUUUUUUUUUCUAAAUAAGGUAUAAACAAAUCUUGAGUUGUACUGUGAUACUUCCGUUACCACAUGAUUAUUAAAGAACCCCUUCCAAGAACAUGACCCCCAACAUUUUUUUGUAAAUGUUAAUAAUAUAUUUUUUGGCCAAACUGUUGUUAACCCUACUAACAAAAAAAAAAAGAAAA